AUGACGCAUUCGCACAAGGUUAUUCAACAUACUCGUUACAAGCUGAAACGAAGGAAAGCUAUUCGUAAAAAAUCCGUACAACCAGCAUGCAAAUAUUCUCAGACUGUGAAGGAUCGUACUAGGAAAAAGCAGGCUUGGACGAAGCGUCCAUCAUGUCUUAUAUCGGCAUCAAAAGUGUUAUCCGCCAUACACAACUUUCAUAAAUCGUCUUUGAACUGUGCUAAAAAGCGUAAGAGAUGUUUCUGGAAAAGUUGCAGCAAGACGAAACAUAGUUCCAUAGUUGAAGACAGGGGAAAUCAAAAUGAAGUUUGGGUCAUGGAUGAGAAUCAGAUUGAAGACAAUCUCCCAAGUCGCAGUAUAAACACAAGCUAUUAUAAAAUAGAACCCACGGAUGAGUCAUGGGAGGUGAGUGCUACCCUCACCAGACGUAGUUCGUCCAUCAGAAGAUAUGCGGGACAACGGGUUCGGAGAACAUCGAGGAAACACUCGAGGCGAAGAUUGGCGAAAAUACGAGAAAAGGCCCAGAAUAAUAUUGUUAGCGAUUCAUUGCAAUGUGAAGAAACAAUGAGUGUUACACUUCGUUAUUGGAAAUCUCCUGUAUUACACGCUGAUAAAUCAUUGCGAUAUCGCACACAAAAGCGAAGCAAGGUUCGAUCAAUCUAUGUAAACAAUAAUUAUAUAGUCGAUUCGUUGUUUAUAGACUACAUAUUUUUCAUAAACAAUAAUGACACAAAUUAUGAGGAGUUUGCACGGAUCUCCUUGGCAUGGUGGAGAAACGCUCUCAAUCCGUUGGACAUUAUGGGGUUGCUAGUUAUCUAG